AUGAGAGGUCUACCAAAUCUGAGCCCCAGCAAUAUCUUCGAUGUAUCUCCGCCGUAUUCUCUCGUCGGAGCGGAGAUCUUCUCCGCUACACCUAGCGCGGCGUGUUCGCUCCGCCUUCUCCUCUUAGUCGGAGCUUCCAGAUCCCGCCGUGGACCUCCGCAAAAUCUCUCACCUAUUUUCGUUGUGGAAUGCAGUCACAGACUUUCUUCUCUCGACUUUAUGAAGAAAAUCCAGGAUGGAAAAAGUUACAGCACUAAUCUUGCUCACACCCCUCCUAAAUAUCUACUAACAGGUUGGGACAAAGGUUGCUGCUGUUUCUCAUAA